CAAACAUCGACAGAGACUAAGUUUAAUAAAUGACUCCUAGUCUGAUCCUGUCGGACUUCCUUGCUUCAUCUUCUUUAUCGCUUUUUACUUUUUUCUCGUAUUCAUUUCUUUGUCCUCCGAUACUAAGCUAGCCCUGCAGGAUGGAGAUCAACCAGCUCCCCAUCGUCAGCGACAAUGCUACCAAUCCAGUCGUCGAUUCUACUUCUGCCAUGGGAAUCUGCUGCCUCGCUCUAUCGACCAUCCUCGGCGACAAACCCCUGUGCAUCGUCUCCCCCUCCUCAGUAGAAGAACUCUCUACCGCCAUCACCACCAUCACAAACAGCAACUGCCAAUUCGCCAUCCGCUCCGGCGGCCACACCAGCUUCGGCGGCGCAUGCAACAUCGCCAACGGCAUCACCAUCGACCUUCGCGCCCUCAAUUCCAUCACCGUCAGUGAUGAUCGCACCACAGUGUCUGUCGGCGUCGGCGCCUCCUGGGGCGACGUCUAUGCAUUUCUCGACCCGCUAGGUCUUUCCGUUGCAGGCGGACGAGCGGCACAGGUCGGCGUGGGCGGGCUCACCAUCGGCGGGGGAAUCUCCUACUUCUCGCCGCGGUACGGCUGGACCUGCGACACCGUGACCAACUUUGAAGUCGUGCUUGCGAACGGGACAGUUGUGCAGGCCAACGAGAACGAAAACACCGACCUCCUUGUGGCACUCCGCGGCGGCGCGGCGAACUUUGGCAUCGUUACAAGGGUUGAUUUCCGUGCGUUUGAGCAGGGACCUAUCUGGGGCGGGACUGUUUACUGUGCUCUUGACACGAUUGACGAGCAGCUGCGCGUAUUUGCGGAUCUGAACUCCGCGGAAGGGUAUGAUGAGCAUGCGUCGCUGAUUACUAGUUUUGGGUUCGCGAAGGGAAAGGGCGCGGCGGUGGUCAAUAGCGUUGUGUAUACGAAAGCCGAGGAGCGGCCGGCUGUCUUUGAGCCGAUUAUGAAGAUCCCGUCGAUGUUCAGUACGAUGCGCCUGGCGAGCAUGCAUGAGAUGUCGCUCGAGCAGGGCUCGUUUGCGCCGAAUGGGAAGAGACAAUUGUCUGCCGUGACGACGCAUGCUUCGACCGUCCCCAUGCUCAACGCGACGUAUCUACGGUGGAGUUCGAGUUUGGCGGCCAUCGAGGAUGUUCCUGGCAUUGCUUCUGGCUCCCUGGUCAUCACGCUCCUCAGUGCUACGUGGGAGGAUGAGGCAGAUGAUGCCAAAGUCGAGCAAGCCGCGCGCGCACUGUUUGCUGGGAUUGAAGACGACGCGCGCAAGUUGGAUGGCCACGAGCCAUACGUCUAUCUGAACUACGCGGCCGAGUGGCAGGAUCCGAUCGCGUCCUAUGGAAAGGCAAGUAUCGAGAAGCUGCAACAAGUGAGCCAGGCGGUGGAUCCAAAGGGGGUCUUUCGGAACAAGAUGCCUGGUGGUUUCAAGAUCCCUACCAGUAGCUAGUUGUGUCAUUUGAAGUCAAUCAACUCUUUACACUCUUCUCC